AUGGAGUUAUCGGAGGCAAUAGAACGGCCGCGUGUAGAUAAUGUAUUCCUACGAAAAGGUCCUCGACAACCACAGCUAGGUUCGCUUGCUCUCAUUGGACAUCAUAUGAUUUUUUCAUCGUCUUCCAGUUCAUCAAACUCUCCGAAUGGAAAGGAACAUAGCAAUGAACUUUGGCUUCUUCAUCGUGCAGUGGACCGUGUCGUUGUGGAACAAAUCGUUAAAGAUAGCCUAAGUCGUAGUGGAAAGCUGAUUUUGAAGUGCAAGAACUUCAUGAUCUGUAUUUUUGAAAUCGAUGAUUUGGACGAUUGUCUGGCUGUUGCACGUUCUAUCGAAAAACUGUCUAAUUUAAAAGGAAUACAACACGACUAUCCAUUUUAUUACCGAUGUCCUUUCACUGUACUAGAUGAUGGAUGGACUGCUUUUGAUGCUGAACAAGAGUAUGCGAAGUUAAUGAUACGUUGCAAAGAUGGAUGGCGUGUAAGUGCUGUCAACAAGGGCUUUCGGGUGUGUAAUACGUAUCCUGAAAUGGUAAUUGUACCGAAGGGUAUUGGUGAUGAUUAUCUUAGAAUAUCAGCUACUUUUCGAGAUGGUGGACGUUUUCCCAUACUAAGCUUCUAUCAUGGAGAAACAAAAUCUUGCCUUAUCCGUUGCGGACAACCUCUAGUUGGCCCUACAAAUCGGCGGUGUAAAGAAGAUGAAACGAUUCUGAACUCUUUGUUGUCCUCGACAAGUAAGGGAGUUAUUGUGGACACACGCACGAAAGCUCUUGCACAAAGCGCUAAAAAUAAAGGUGGCGGAUGUGAAUCGCAGAUGUUUUAUUCGCAGUGGAAAUAUAUGUAUGGAGGCACUCCACGAAUCAAAGAAAUUCAUGAUGCAUUGGCCAAAUUAGUUGAAUUAUGUACAGAAACGAAUAUCAGUGUUGACCGUUGGAUAUCUCGUCUUGGUUCUUGCGGCUGGCUGCAGUUUGUUUCUGAUAUGCUAACUUGUGCAGCAACAGUGGCCCAGUGCGUACAUUGUGAAGGUAGUUCAGAAGUUCCAGUAGUGGUGCAUGGUGCUGAAGGAACCGAUUCAACUCUUUUGGUAACAUCAUUGGCACAGCUUUUACUAGAUUCUGAUUCUCGCACUAUUCGAGGUUUCGAAUCUUUGAUUGAGCGAGAAUGGAUUUGUGCUGGGCAUCCUUUCACCUAUCGGUGCGCCCAUUCAGCCUUUGCUACUGGUGGUAUCACAGGACCAUAUGAAUCUCCCAUGUUUCUUUGCUUCUUAGAUUGUGUUUGGCAGGUGUGCCAGCAGUUCCCGUGUUCAUUUGAAUUUACCGAGGAAUUCCUCAUACUUUUGUUCGAACAUGCUUAUGCUUCCGAAUUUGGAUCUUUCCUCGGGAACAGCGAAAAAGAAAAGGCACAAUUUGAAGUUAAGACGCGAACAGUGUCGCUUUGGUCGUACGUGAAUAACCCUGAAAUAUUGCGUGCCUAUGUGAACGCUUUGUAUGAACCCAAUCCAGCGGUGUUGUGGCCCUGCGUUGCUCCACAAAGCAUAAUAUUUUGGGAGCGUCUGUUUUUGCGAUGGAUUCGUGAUUGGAAGCAAAUGGAUGGCAUAAAGCAGACUGUGAUGCAAUGGAAAGUACGUGAAAAGGAAUUGCAAUCAAAAGUGCUGAUAAUGCGCAGACAACUUAUGGAGCUGUCGAAGGACAUACAACUCACUAGCGCAGUACACUGA